AUGGCAACCUUCAUCACCGUCGGCAACGGCGUGGUGGCCAAAGACGGCGUGGCCGAGGGCGAGGCCGCGCAGUACGCCGCCCUCAAGCGACAGGUACUCGAAGGGGAGGCGCGCAAGAAGCAGGAGGAGCGCGAGCGGCGGGUCAGUCUGGGACUACCGCCCGAGCUGACGCGGGAGGAGAAGAAGGAAGCCAAGCGGAAGGAGAAGGAGAGGAGGAAAUCCGAGGCGGCCAGGGAGAGGGAAAGGGAGGGCGGCGGGGGGACGGGGAAGAGAGUGCUGGGCAUGCUGUGUUUUGGCCCUUAG